UGGAAGAAGCGGUUCAUCGUCGACGACGCUCCAGCACUAGCCAUCAACCGUUUCUUCACCAUGUCUCAGGGCAACACAGCAACACGGGACUGGCUCACGGAAUGGCAGAAGAUCGCGGCAGUGCCCGAUCUGGACUUACCAUUCACGCAUCUACGCCGUGAGUUCUACAACAGGUCAUGUGCUGCACUGAGCCAGGCACUUGGUGAUCGCGAGCAAUACACCACCUUCGCUGAGAUCAUUGAUAAGGCAAGGGAGAUCAUCAAGACCAACAGGUCGGCUGCACACGAGAAGUCAACAUGGCAGCCAACCUAUGUGGAGAAGGUGAGAACUGGUCCGCGACAGCAGCAGUUCGCUGCAGUCCAAUCGGACACUGUGGAAGACCCGGCAGCCACCCAAGCGUCACGUGAGGGAGAUCAGUUGGCUGCUGUCCAGCCGCGAAGCAACAACCCCCGAGUGAACGGGAAGGCACAAUUGCGAGAUUACUUGCACACUGCAGUACCGACUCCGUUCAUGGACGCCGGAGUAGAGGUUGUCGACCUUCACGCCUACAUUGCGAAGAUCGACAGCGAGUUCAAGACGCAACGGUACGACGACAUCGACGCACCAUUGCUAUAUGUACGUAUUCAGAUCGGAGAGGCGACCUGCAACGCUUUGAUUGAUUGCGGAGCAUCUCGCAACUACAUGAGUCAGGACUUCAUGGUAUGCGCCGGCCUUGGCCCACGAGUCCGAAGGAAGUCCCAGCCCACGCAAGUCACACUGGCGGACGGUCACACGCACAAGUCAAUCGACCGGUGCAUUGACAACGUCCCAGUGUACUUUGCCCCUCAUGCAAGUGAGGCGGUGUCCUUUGACAUUCUGGACACCAAAUUCGACAUGAUCUUGGGCAUGUCAUGGCUGGGAAGCGAGGAUCACCCGGUGAACUUCUACCGCCGCACCGUUCACGUUCGUGAUCGGAACGGAGUACUAGUCCCAUGCACGGUAGCUCCUCCUCACCCUUCAGUCAGGUGUCACGUGGUAUCCGCCGCAAGCAUGCGAGCUUCCAUCAUAAGAGAUGACAUCGAGAAGAUGGGGGUGUGUUUUCUCCACGCCCUCCCGCCCCAAGACGUGUCAUCGACGGACUCAUCUUCGGAUCCACGCAUCACCGAACUUCUCGACGCCUACAGCGACGUGUUUGAAGGCCCGCACGGAGUAGUACCGGAUCGACCCAUCCGCCACGAGAUCAUCCUCGAGGAGGGGGCCGUACCUCCACGCAAUUGCAUCUACCGAAUGGGCGAGGAAGAAUUAAGUGUGCUUCGGGCACAACUCGACGAUCUUCUGAAGAAAGGCUGGAUUCGGCCUAGCUCAUCGCCAUACGGUGCUCUUGUUCUCUUCGUCCGGAAGAAGAACAAGGAUUUGCGGUUGUGCGGCGCCAAGUUCUUCUCCAAGCUCGAUCUCAAGUCGGGAUAUCACCAACUCGAGAUUCGCAAGGAGGAUCGCUACAAGACGGCGUUUAAGACGCGAUAUGGGCAUUUCGAAUGGCUGGUUAUGCCAUUUGGCCUUACGAAUGCCCCGACCACUUUCCAAGCGGCUAUGACAACGGAGUUCCGACACAUGUUGGAUCGAUACGUACUUAUGUACCUCGACGACAUCCUGGUGUACAACCGGAGUUUGGAGGAGCAUGUGGAACACCUGCGCACCGUUUUGGAGCGACUACGACAAGCCAAGUACAAAGCCAACCGCGAUAAGUGCGAAUUCGCACGACAGGAGCUGGAGUACUUGGGACAUUAUGUGACGCCGCAAGGCAUCCGUCCGCUUGCGGUCAAGUUCGAGGCCCUACGACAUCUAUGCCCCACCCUGCCAACGAGAGUGACUACGGACGCUUCCGGCUAUGGCAUUGGGGCAAUCUUGGAACAACACGACGGCGACGACUGGCACCCUCUGGAGUAUUUCAGCCACAAAGUGCCUCCCAUCAACUCACGUGAUGAUGCAAGGAAGAAGGAGCUGCUCGCAUUCGUCAUGGCUCUCAAGCGAUGGCAGCACUUCCUCCUUGGGCGUCGUAGGUUCACAUGGGUGACGGACAACAAUCAAUUGACCUACUACAAGGCGCAGGAUACGGUGAGCAGCACAAUCGGACGAUGGAUGUACUUCAUCGACCAAUUUGACUUCACACCGAAACAUCUUCCCGGCCUCUCUAAUCGCGCAACAGAUGCACUCUCGCGAAGACCUGAUCUUUGCGCUAUCUUACAUCAUGCCUUCGCAUUCGACGAGGAGCUUAAGCGACACUUUAUCAGGGGCUACGAGUCCGAUCCAGAUUUCGCCACGCUAUAUGCGCAGCUAUCUUCGGAUCACCCACCGGCCAGCCACUAUCGCAUCGCCGAUGGGUACUUGCUCCUGCACUCGCGGGGCAAGGACUUACUAUGUGUCCCACGCGACCGCCGUCUUCGGACUCGCCUCCUCGGCGAGUAUCAUCAUUCACGACUCGCCGGCCAUUUCGGAGUCAACCGCACUAUUGCACGGCUUCGACAGCAAUUCCGAUGGCCCGACCUCAUCACCGAUGUCACGAGGUAUUGCGACUCUUGCGAAGUUUGCCGACGAAGCAAACCCCGCAACCGCAACCCCUACGGCGAGCUGCGCCCGAUGCCGAUCCCGCAGGAACCCUAUCUCUCCAUUGCCAUGGAUGUCACCGGACCAUUCCCCCGCGACCGCCUCGGACACGACGGCAUUCUCACGGUUGUGGACCGAUUGAGCCGUAUCUUCGCCGACCUUCUCCUCCCUCGACCAGCCGACAUUGACGCCGCUUGCUCUCCCGCUUCCGUCCGAAAGUACAGGGAAUUGUUGACUCAAGCCCGCGCGAACAUGCAAAAGGCUCAAGUCCGCAUGCAGCAGCAAGCCAACAGGCGUCGCGUACCAUGUCCCAUCCGCGCCGGUGAUCUGGUUUGGGUCUCCGCGGAAGAGUUUGCACUGGAACAGGAUGUUUCACGCAAACUGCUUCCCAAGUGGUUUGGACCAUGGUCUGUGACAUCAGCCGCGGGCGAUGAGCCCGAUGGCCCUUCAUUUGUGAUCAACAUUCCCGAGCAUCUGACGGUCCAUCCCGUCUUUCAUGCCUCGAAGCUGGCAACAUACACGCCAACUAAGAGCGACGACUUUCCGGGCCGACGAUCGCAGGACCCUCCAUCUAUGGAUGGUCAUCAGGAGGUUGACCGCGUCAUCUCGGAUCGCAAGUACGGCAGCAAGCCGCGACAGUACAAAGUUACAUUCAGAGCAUGCGAUCCUGACGACACUCGGUGGAUUUCAAGAGCAGAUUUGAAAGCAUCCGCACCGCUGAUCUACGCUCACUAUGAGCGUCAAAGGUUAGCCAAGGGACCUCCACCACCUGCCCCUCCCACCGGGACUGUGGUCCCUCCCUCAGACAGACAGCUUCGCCCUCGCAGGUAAGCUCGGUCUUUCAAGGAGGGGGGGGUGUGGUAUACUGCGUAGCCACACGG